UCAUCUUCAUAUUCUUCACUCCCGACACUCCAACCGACACUUUCUUCUUUCCUCUUCUUCCAUAUCCCUCUCUCUCUCUCUCUCUCUCUCACAGAUCUGGAUCUCCUCUCUCUCUCUCUCUAAGCUCUUAGCACCAUAAGAGCAAAGAAGCAGAAGAAGAAGAAGAGGAAGAAGAGAUUCGCCAUUGCUGAGCAACAAUGAGCAUGUACGGGCGGGAUCCGUGGGGAGGCCCACUGGAGAUAAACGCGGCGGACUCGGCGACGGACGACGACCGGAGCCGGAACCUCCAGGACUUCGACAGGGCGGCGCUGUCGUCUCGGCCGUUGGAUGAGACGCAGCAGAGCUGGCUGCUGGGCCCCACGGGGGAGCAGAAGAAGAAGAAGUACGUUGAUCUCGGAUGCAUCAUCGUCAGCCGCAAGAUCUUCAUCUGGACCGUCGGGACUCUCGUCGUCUCCGCCUUGCUCGCCGGAUUCAUCACUCUCAUCGUCAAGACCGUCCCUCGCCACAAGCACGGCCAUGCUCCGCCGGAUAACUACACUCUCGCUCUUCACAAAGCCCUAAUGUUCUUCAACGCCCAGCGAUCUGGGAAACUGCCAAAGCAUAACAAUGUGUCAUGGAGGGGAAACUCUUGCGUGCAUGAUGGAAAAUCGGAUUCCUCGACCCUUUUUAAGGAUCUGUCUGGCGGGUUCUAUGAUGCCGGAGAUGCGAUCAAGUUCAACUUCCCUAUGGCUUUCUCCAUGACCAUGUUGAGCUGGAGUGUCAUCGAAUACAGCGCCAAGUAUGAGGCUGCUGGGGAACUCGACCACGCUAAGGAUAUUAUCAAGUGGGGAGCUGACUACUUUCUCAAGUCGUUCAAUCAUACUGCCGAUUCGAUCGACAGGAUUGCGGCACAGGUUGGUUCCGGGGAUACUUCUGGAGGGAACGGCACCCCGAACGAUCAUUAUUGCUGGAUGCGUCCUGAGAAUAUUGACUAUGAACGACCUGUGACUGAAUGUCACAGUUGUUCCGACCUUGCUGCUGAAAUGGCUGCGGCAUUAGCUUCUGCAUCCAUCGUUUUCAAAGACAACAAGGCCUACUCGCAGAAACUUGUCCACGGUGCAAAGACACUCUUCAAGUUUUCAAGGGAAGAGAGAGGCAGAUAUAGUGCCGGUACUUCAGAGGCUGCAAUAUUCUAUAACUCCACCACCUAUUGGGAUGAAUUUUUAUGGGGAGGAACUUGGUUGUACUAUGCCACGGGCAACAACUCAUAUCUUCAGCUUGUCACAACUCCUGGCCUUGCCAAGCAUGCCGGCGCCUUUUGGGGAGGCCCUGAUUACGGUGUAUUAAGCUGGGACAACAAGCUUACCGGUGCUCAGGUACUUCUGAGUCGUCUAAGAUUAUUCUUGAGCCCUGGUUAUCCAUAUGAAGAAAUUUUGAGGACGUUCCACAACCAGACAAGCAUAAUCAUGUGUUCUUAUCUACCAAUUUUCACUAGCUUUAACAGAACCAGAGGAGGCUUAAUCCAGUUGAAUCAUGGAAGACCUCAGCCUCUUCAGUAUGUAGUCAAUGCAGCUUUUCUGGCGACCCUCUUCAGUGAUUAUCUUGAGGCUGCAGAUACACCUGGAUGGUAUUGUGGACCCAAUUUCUAUUCUACCGAUGUACUGCGUGAUUUUGCUAAGACCCAGAUUAAUUACAUCCUUGGCAAUAACCCUCGGAAAAUGAGUUAUAUAGUUGGUUUUGGUAAUCAUUACCCAAAACAUGUCCACCACAGAGGUGCUUCUAUCCCCAAGAACAAGAUCAAGUAUAACUGCAAAGGAGGUUGGCAUUGGAGGGACACUAAGAAUCCAAACCCUAAUGUGAUUGUUGGAGCUAUGGUUGCCGGUCCUGAUAAGCACGAUGGUUUCCAUGAUGUUCGUACUAAUUACAAUUACACGGAACCAACUCUUGCAGGCAAUGCGGGUUUGGUCGCAGCACUCAUUGCAUUGUCUGGUGAAAAGAAUGCUGGGAUUGAUAAGAACACUAUUUUCUCGGCAGUUCCCCCAAUGUUCCCGACUCCACCGCCACCUCCAGCGCCAUGGAAACCAUGAGAUGCUACAGCAGUCCUCGUAUUGUUAAGAAUGUUGUGUGACUUAAUGGUUAGAUGAUUUUGUUGCGGUGGUAGUCUUUGGGACUCAAAUCACCUUGACCGUAAAGGGCAGUGUAAAGAUCAAAACAUGAAAAAAAAGGAAAAGAUACUGAUGGAUAUGUCUCAUGCAGAUUGUCGGGUUGGGGCCAAGCUAGAGUCUGAUGAACUGGCAUUAGGAUUUCUGCGAGUCUCUUAAUGGAUUUUGUGAUAAAUACAGUAUAUAUGUAUGAAAACUUAAAAAAACAAUCAUGUAUUCUUUGGAACACUGGAAUCAAACAGUUUUAAAUUGUUGACUAAUAAAUUUCAGUUAAUACUCUGUGGCAACCUGUUCUUUGGUUGUUUUUCA